GACAGUUCCAUCGUAAGUUAACAGCACCUUGAUUUGAAAUUUCAGGUUACAAGCGCUCGUGCCUGUUCCCAACCUUCGACGUGUGUCCUGUGCGUGCCAUUCCUAUAACUGUUCGUUUGCGACUGCUGAGCAGAGCAGAAACUCGCCUCGUACUGACAUGCCAUAUACUCCUUUGAUCCCCAGAAGUCUCGUUCAGUCAACGAUGCGCAACAUACCUCUUUCAGGUUCCGACUUCACUCUCGAUGCCUCUGGAGUAGCAGGUUUUUUCGGUGGUGAUGAAGCUGUUUCUGCGAUGGCAACCGUACACGUAUACCAAGGAAGGAAAUGGUUGGGGUGGUACAAUUCGCCAGGAUCAUACCUUAUCGCCAAGAGAUAUGGCCAACUCGCUAACUCUCGUUUCUGGGAUGGUUUGUUCCCAGGAGUCAACACCGACCCCGCCACGCUGUUCGAGCUGGAUGGGUGGAAGGGUCCCAAGUUUAAGGGUGUUGAGUCCGGGUCGAUUAUCCCCGAAACUGGUCACCUCGCUGCUUUGAUGGUAAAAGAAUGCCAGACGCAGCAGGGCAUUGAUGUGCCGGGGAGAAAAACCCAACCAGUUGGGGUCACAAUCGUCGACCUCCACUACGUCCCUGAAGCAACGAUGACACCAAAGCAACUCAAGAAAUACACCAGCGCGGUCGCUUUCAUUCCGAUGUCAGUAUCCAUCGGCACCUGCAUCGCGUGCGCUUUCUUCAAAGACUGGUACUCCUUCAGUAUGAUCCUGCUCGGAAUCCUCGCAAGCGGGAUAUCAUGUUUUGUCAUCGGUUCCGGAAAAUUCAGAUUCUAUCAUCCCACCCCAGCGCCGGGAGCGCCGCGAGGUGAUGGCUUGCUCACCGCGGAUAACAAUGUCAUCGUCCUUCUAGGUGAAGAGGGCGCUGUCAAUUCCAUUACUCGUGGAAAAUUCUCUCUACACUUCGGCAGUGAACCAGAAUACAGAAAUAUCGGCCUAUGCUCGUUGAUCCUCACAGCGCAGUUCGUUGCGCAGCUAUUGCUUAUUCCGCAGGGCACGCUCUUCGGACAGAUCAUGUUCGUAGCUUCACUCGGAGUCUCUUGGGCAUACAACUCUUGGUUGUCAUCGCUGGACAAGGAGGAGAUCCAGAGAAGGCUGCUCCUGGAUGUAGUCCUCAAGCGCCCGCUAAUGACGAAAUAUAUGUUGGGCACGCGCACCACCAUGGCAGUCUUCGUUCUGCUGGCGUUGAAACCAUCCCACCCCGCAAAGAUAUUGGACGAUAUCCUCCCGAACGAUACCAAAGUGUGGAAGAGGUGGAAGUCCAUCGUUCUGUCCAGGCUACAGAACGGGGAAAAGAUGCACUUUGACUCGGCCGAUUGGGACGAUAGAAGUUUCAGCGGGAAUGAGAGCACCCUUCUGAAGACCCUCUUAGGGGAUGCCCAGGCUGCCUAUGAUGGGUACUCCGACCACCUGAAGUCGCAUUAGGAAUGAGCACCUGCUGGUUGCGAGUAUAUCUGACUACUCGAUUAAUGUAUCCUGUGACAACGCUGAUAGUGAAUGAUUCUGCUCCAGUUUCGAGUUCUAUGUACCAUAUCUUGUAUCCUUGCCUCUGUUCUGAGUCUCUUGCCUCGAUU